AUUCCCCACGGUCAAUGGGCUCUGACAACGGCGCCAAGACAGCAACGCUUGACUCGGGGCUCCCCGCCUUGACGGAGGCUGAGAAGAAGAGUUCGUAUGGCGCCCUCUUUGGCGGUGUACUUAUUCCUCUGGCCGUUGGUACUGGAAUCGCGUUUGCCGUGUAUACUUUUGGGCCGAAAGCUGCGUAUGACAAGCGCAUCAAAGUGGUGUUGGGCAACGAGCUGCACUGGGUGGCCCUAGCAAUCGUCCUGUUGGGUCGCACGGUGGCGAUUGUGAACAUGUAUCCAGCGACGAUUUUGAAGGGCCAAAUCAUGCGUCGCAACUCUGGCAACUUGCGGUCGAACCCGUUCAUUUACAAGGCGAUUGGCAAAGAUGCGAAGGAAAAUGCUGUGGUUUUUAUUGACGACGGCGAAGUGGGGGCGUACAACCGCGCAAACCGAUCGUUGCACCACAUGAUUGAAAACUACGGUUCGCUGGUGGCCGGUCUACUUUUGGCGGGCAAUGUGUUCGCGUUCCCUGUAUUUGUUGCGACCGCGUUGUUUGCUGUUGGUCGAAUUGUUCACCAAGUAGGCUACACGACUGGCUAUGGCAGCCAUGGCCUUGGGUUUGUCUUGUCGUUGAUUGCUAUCGUCACGGUCGAAGGGAUGCUGUUGAUUGUUGGCCUCAAGGGAUUGAAGCUCAUCUAAACUCACGAAUAAUUCUAACGUGCCAUAUACGUCUCGUACGUCUCGCAUGAGGUGUUCUUGUGGCUUGCAUCGUUCCACGACUGCUACUGAUACAUACAGACGCCGUGCAGAGUCGGAUACCUGUUCUUUAUUGUAAAUCGUCUCGCUCCAAGGUACAGGUGCCUUCGCCUGCUUACUUUGGCGAUCACGACGAGGCCACCUCUCGACAGCUUCGAAGCACCCACCCCUUACAAGUCUAUUUUUCGGCAGCAUUGUGCAUGUACCAUCACUCUAUAUCGGGU